UUACAACACUACCAUUUAUCGUGUUUUUUCUCGAUUCUAAAUUUCUCUUAAUCUCGUUUGUUAUGUUUCUUCUCUGUCACUCUUAAUAAGUCUUAACCCUAACCAAUCCAAAUCUCCCUCGAUACAAAAAGAAAAAAAAAAGCUUUUUCAUUUUCCCCCUUUGUACGAAAAUCCAAAGGAAAGCAAAAUAAGCCAAACAAACAGAGCAAAGAGGGAGAGAAUCGCUUCUGCAGAUCAACAAAAGCUGGAGAGCGAAACCCCCGAAUUCAUUAUCUGCUUUUCUUCUCCGAUAACCCUAACAAGCUCUCUCUCGACGUUUCAACGAAAGUUCCUUUUCCCCCAUGCUGCCCCAAACUUCGUUCUUAGGAUACCCCGACCCCUUUUUUGGAAGAGAGAAGGUUAAAUAUCUUCAGUGAUCUUAAGACCGAAAAAAGGUUGAACCCCCUCCUAUUUUUAGAUCAUCCCUAAUAUAGGCAUCAUGAGAUUUAAGAAAGGGAGCAAGGUGGAGGUGCUGGGAAAAGAAGAGGGAGUGUGGCGGCUGGGUGAAAUUACAUCUGGCAAUGGACACACAUACAGCGUCAAGUAUGAUGUUUCGAUGUUUGCAAGUGGUGAAGAUGUUGAGGAAAUGGUCCCGAGAAAGGCCAUUAGGCCCUACCCUCCAUAUGUUGAUUACCUCGAUUCAUGGUCUGUUGGUGAUGUUGUCGAGGUCUAUGUCAACCUGUCCUGGAGGACUGCAGUGGUUAUGGAGGUCAUGGAUGGAAAUUACUAUUUGAUUCAGCUAACUGGGAGUGCAAGAGAACUUCAAGCCAAUAAAAUCAACAUUCGAGUGCCCCAAUUAUGGCAAGAUGGCCAGUGGUUUGUCAUUGGAAAAGGAAAUAGUAGCUGCGAGGAUGUGAACUCCACGAAUGCAUCAACCUUGAGUUGUUAUCAGAAACCAAGCCAGAGGAUGAAGCAAGUUGGUGCCAGUAGAAAAUUGCAAGAAGGGAGUAACUAUCUAUACACCGAAAACAACACUGGUUUUCAGGAGUCUUGUGUUGUGUCAGCUAGAACAUUGAAGAGAGCUUCUCCUUUCUGGUCAUCUGACUUUGAAGCAUACGAUGCAAGCCUUCACAAAAGGAGAGCCUUUAGGAAAGAGGAGCAACUCCAAGGAGCGGUGAAGGGGUACCAAACAUCUUCACUGAAAAAGGUAGACACUGUUGCUUACCCAGAACAGUGUAUGGGUGAAAUAGACAUGCAUGUUUCCCCUAAUAAUCAAUCUGGAUGUGCCAGAAGAGUGGAAUAUAGUGAUUCUGCUGAUGAUGCAUGCUCUGUUGGUAGUUGUAGUGUCAUUAGCAUGAAUCCUAGUAAAUUGUUAAGCUGUGCAAUGGCUGGUAACAGUGCUGGUAAUGAUUCCUUGAGUAGUGAUGCUGAGUCACAUUAUUAUCAUGGAGAUGAGGAAGAAGAUAAUUUUCCCCAUCCCCUAGAAGAUGUAACUGCAAGAAUCCAUAGGUUAGAGUUGCAUGCUUAUCGUUCCACUCUAGAGGCACUCUAUGCUUCUGGUCCCUUAAGUUGGGAACAAGAAGAACUUUUGACUGAUCUUCGUAUGUCUCUUAACAUCUCUCAUGAUGAACAUUCAGUGGAGAUAAGGAAUUUGAUCUCCACUAGUUCAGGUGGUCAUAGUAGGUGGUAGUUAAGUAGGUUUUCCUUUUAUAUAUUUUCAUGUUUCAGUAGGGUCUUCGUGGUUGUCAUGUGAUCAUAUUAUUGUAAGAAGCAGGAUGUAAUUGUUACAAUUUGUAGAUUUCUUGACAAUUCUUCAUUGUGGCAAUUUAGCCUUGACAUUUGUAAUGCAGAAACUAUGUAAGAAGUUCUUCCUACAGUAUUUCAUUAGAGGAUCACCAUUGUGUUUUUGUUUUUCCCCAUACCUCUUUCUUUCCGCUUUCCUUUAGUUUGUUUGAGUAUGAAGCUGCUCCAUAGGCGACAGAACGAAGCCAUGUUUCAUCUCCCUACUAUUGACUUUAUUGGAAACUUGGUUUGCUAGUUGGAAGAUGUCGUUGAAAGUGUGUAGUCUUUUUUCGGAUUCGAUUAUCUCUGAAAACAAGGUUCUCUUGUAUGGCAUGUUGUUUCUGUCAUUAGAAUGAUAUCCGGAAAUGGGAAGACUGCUCUGGGUUAUUUGUUCUUGUUAGUAAAAUGAAUAUGGAUUUAUAUUUUCGAUCUAUAAGGCGGUGAAUCCCAUGACUGAAAGGUUGGGCCAGGAAUCUGGUUGACAAUCUUGCUCCCACCUUUCAAAUGUUGAUACUUUAAGGUGUACACUACCAAAUCUGGUUGACAAUCUUGCUCUACCAAAUCUUAAGUAGUUGAGUUUCUCCCAGGAAUUCCAGUUUGUGGAUGUUAUUGAUAAGUCCCCUGCAUUUUCAGGACAGCAGUUCGACACAUGCAUGCUUUACUUCGAAAGAUCAAAAGAUGAUGCUGGGACACAAAAGUUGGGCCAGCAUGUGCUUCCCUUUCUUUUGCUUCACAUGCAUAUAUUUUUUCUUCUUCUUGGGCUAAGCAUGUCUAUUGCUAUUAGCUGAUUACAGUUUGUUUCAGGUUUGCUGGAACACAUACAGAACUUGUGGCUGCCACGAUGUGGGAAGUUCAUGCUAUUUUAAAUAUUCAAUUAUCCACAGGUUUAUUGUGCUUGUUUCGUCUGCAUAGUGGCAUCUCGUCUGAACUGAGUAAACAAGUCGGUCCAUGGUUAGAUUUUGGAAGAAGUCACCUUGAUGCUUAGCUUGGUGCGUGAAUGAUUUUGAAGAAUUUGGGCAACGUGUAUGAUUUAGUUCUUGUGUCCUUUACACUCUUUUACAUUACCUGGGUAGUUGAUCAGUUCUGUUCUUCUUUUGCCCCCUCUAAAUCGAAGGUAACAUCACGGAUGUCUCUCCCUUGGAACUUGUUCCUCAAAGAUUCACUGCUAAAAUUUCUGGUUUGGUUUUCUUCCCUAACCUGCUACAUGUUGAAUUCAUUUGUCUUUUCGAAUUUCAUGUAAUGUUUCGACUGUUCGUAAACAUCUAGUUGCUGGUAAAGAUAUUAAAUCUGUUUCUUGGUUUUAUGAUUAGAAACCUCCUGUGAGGGUGGUUGGAUGGAGUUUGCAUGCAUGGCUGUUUAAUCUGAAUACCAUCUGAUUGCUUUGAGGUCCCUCGUCACUGACUCUUGAAAUCAACUUCCUGCUAUGGCGUUGCCGUAUCAGUUCAUCCUUAAACUAAUUACUUUUACUCAUCGCAAUCCUGCACAUAGGCAUGGUGCUAGUUUUCAGUAAACAAGAAGAUUGGACUCAUCAUAACAAGGUGAGUUUUCUCCUUCUCCAUGCUUUGCUUGUGUUUUGGUUUAAUGAUUGUAGUUAUGUUCUCCAUAUGAGGGAGGGGGUGGAUCACUGGUUGCUAACUCUGGCAUAGAUGUGAAUGACCGGGUCUUACAAAGUUGUCAGCCGCUCUGCUCUCUCUUGACAGUGAUGGCUAUAUACUCGAUCCAAUCCAAUCCGUUGGUACCAGUGUCAUUUUGAUGCAAUUGCUCGAUUCCAGGUCGUGAUAGUUACCGUGUUCAAAAUGGCAUAUAUCGCAGGCAUCUUUUGAUCUUUUAAAUGUUUUGAUUGUCCUGUUGGAUUGUUAUGUAUUCUGUCCUGGGUACCGGCACUUCUUCCUGGAAGCUUCCCCAAUAUCCAUUUGUUCAGUGACAUAGAUUAUCCAAUUGAAGAAAAACAACUCGUCUGAUAGUUCUGUGCAUUGACAUUAUGUAUCAAUGUACACCAUGUUCAGGAAGCAAACCGUUUCGACACCAGCACUAGGCUUGUUUGCGGCAUGGUUUCUCGUUGUUGAGCAAUCAUAACUGCUGUUCAUCAUCACAUCGAUUGCUUGCGUCGUCGCUUAAAGUUGGAUGACUUCGGUUGGGUCAAUGAUGCCCUGCGUGGUGUGUGAUAGGAUGAAAUCAAAUUGUAACUUAUGGCAGUUCAUGAU